UUCAGUCUAGGGACCUGCCGGGAUAGAAGAAUCACUUGAUGCGACAGUUACUUGCGGGAUUUCGACGCGAGAGGAAUACAUACUCUAAUAGUUGGGAAAGCAGCAAUCGGGAUCACUCGGAAGCGCCAACGGAACCGAUUGGGUUUUUAACCAAAUUUUAGUGUGUUAAAUGUGAUGGUAAAUAGUGACCGCGGUGGUAAAUAAUGCAGCGAAUAUUCCCAAAAUUCUUGAUGUCGGCAGCGGUAGCCGUUUGCCUGGCGAGCUGUUCGGUGAGCGGCGAUUCUUUUGUUGAACUGGAGCAGUACCACCGAAUGCCAAAGCUGUACAUGUACGAUGAUUAUGACGAGUGCUUCGAUGCGUAUGAUACGCCGGAUCCGGUGUACUGCGUGGCCCGGUCCGUCAUCAAACCGGACAAUCAGUCCGAGCUUUGGAGAUUCAUACAGGAUUUUUCCAGUGACACCUACCGACACUUCCGGCACAAUCAUUUGGAUCGUGGGUUGUGUGUAGAGCGCUGUCGGCGACUGGUUGCCACAUUAGACAACGUUACGCUCCACCAGCUGUACGUUGAAAAAUUCAACAUUGAUUUUCCGUACAUCAUCAGCGCCAACACGUUCGAGAAUGUGAUUCACGAUCAAUCCAACUACGGUCGGCUCAUCAACAUUUGUGAGAACUUCAUCCUGAAAAAGGUUUACAAUUUAACGGCUUACACCGAGAUCGAGUAUUGCACCCGCCCAGAGAGGCAAAUUCAAAUUGAUCUGCUGGACAUGAGCUUUAUUGCCGUCUCGAUACUGCUGAUAUUCCUCGUCUGUGCGUCCAGUUGGUUCGACUAUCGGAUGAACAAACGUUUGAAGAAUGAACACUACAAGCUGGAAAUUCCCUGUCAAAAAACAAUGCUUUUCACAUCGUUUUCGGUGAAAAGAAACUGGUACCGGUUGACCAGCCGAUCCAAAGACCAGCUGAACGAGGAUUUGCGCUUCUUUCAAACGUUUCGGUUUUUCACUUUCUUCCUGGUGGCGGUCGGUCACUGUGCAGACAUGUUCGCCGUGACGCCUAUCAGCAAUCCGUUCGAUCGAGAGCGGGAAUAUUACAAUCCAGUAUCGAUGGGGAUCAUCAACGGGGCACAGAUCGUGCAGACCUUCUUCGAAAUGAGUGGUUUCCUAUUGAGUAUUCACUUUUUCACCAGUUGUGCCCACCUUAAAAAAGUACCGUGGACGGUGGUUGUGGGUGUGAUAUUUUACCGCUUCGUGAGACUGACUCCGGCGUACGCCUAUGUGCUGCUGCUUCACUCCACGUGGUUACCCAAGCUGCAAGAUGGGCCGCUGUGGAAACGUGGAACACAAACGGAGAAGUACUUUUGCCGGAAGAAUUGGUGGACUAACUUGUUGUACGUCAACAACUACGUGAAUGCUGAUGAACCGUGCUUACAACAAUCGUGGUAUCUUGCCUGUGAUUACCAACUGUUUGCGUUGGGGAUGAUUCUAGUCGUUGCAGUCACGAAGUAUCCCAAAUUAAGGACGGCAAUUUUCUCUACUGCACUGGGCCUCACAUACAUUGUCCCGGCUUUCGUCAUUUACUUGGGAGGAUUCGACGGCUCCUUCAUCAACAGGUUGCAGGACGAACGAUUCAUCUACUGGUACGACCGGAUGUACCAAACAGUCUACAUACCGUUCCACACUAACAUGGGAUGUUACUUUGGAGGCGUCAUUCUAGGAAUGAUCUACUACAAGCAACGGAAACUCAGUCACAAGGGCAAUCGAUCCUGGUACCUCAAACUACUCUGGUACGGAUCGGCUCCGGUUGGACUGCUCUGUCUGAUGUGCAAUAUGAUAUUCUACGUGUACAACUUCGAGAAACCCUCGAUCUGGAUGGCCCUGUACUAUCCGGUGAUGAAGAACAUGUGGAUUUUCCUCGGUGCGAUUAUGCUGUACGGGGUGAUCCACGAGUACAACAAAACGAUCAAAGAAUUCCUCAAUUUCUCUAUAUUUGUGCCGCUGGGAAGAUUGACGUACUGUGCGUACGUGUGCCACGUGUUUAUGCUGAAGAAUGUAUUCUUCGGCACCAGGGAGGUGGGGUACUUCAGUAAAAUGUCGUUGUUUUCCAAGGUGAUUACGGUGGUGGUAGCGGCGUACUUCAUGGGAUUAAUACUAGCUAUGUUGCUGGAAUUUCCUGCAACUGCAAUUCAAAAGCAUUUAUAUGCCAAAAAGAUCGAAGAAGCAACGAGGGCUCCGAAACAAGCGGAAAGUCAAAACAACAAUGAAACUGUUGGAAACGGACACGUAUCACUUUAACUCUCUUCAGAAUGCAACCAGCUGGUUGGACAAGAAAAUGACAGACUGUAUUUAUAGAUGCUAAGUUAUUUAUGAAUAAAAUAAUAUUUUCAAAAAAA